AAACACAAAACCUUUUUGUUGUGUUUUAUUUUCCUUUCUCUUUGGGUUUUUGGCUAUGUCCAUGGAUACCCAUCAUCAUUUUUGCCCCAUCAAUCUUUCUCAAAUUCUUUUACCCUAAAAACACAAACCCGUUUCCUACAUAAACCUCAUCAUCUCUUUCAUCACUCUUACACUCUCCUUCCAUGUUCAACCAGUAUCAUUUCUCUUUUUCAAUCUAAUCACAAAAACCCCAUUAAUAAAGUUCUGUUUUUUAAUCCAACCCUUUUUGAUGAAGUUCCAUUUCUAGCACCCCAUUUAACCUCUUUCAAUGGCUGAAAGUUUUGACAGUGCUACAUCUAAUCUUUUAUGUUCUGAGAACAAUAGCACAUGUUUUGAUGAUGAUUUGGAAUGUAAUGAUGUUUUUGAUGGUUCUGGUAUUAUCUCACCUUCAUGGGAUUACACAAACCUUAACUUAGACAACGUUGGAUCGGAUUCAUUUGUUUGUUUUGUUGCACUGAGUGAAGAAAUUGUGAGGGUUAUGGUUGAUAAAGAGAAGGAUCAUUUGCCAAGAGAUGAUUAUUUGAUGAGAUUGCGUAGUGGUGAUUUGGAUUUGAGUGUUAGAAGAGAAGCUCUUGAUUGGAUUUGGAAGGCUCAUGCUUACUAUGGAUUUGGACCCUUGAGUCUUUGCCUAUCUGUGAACUACUUGGAUCGGUUCCUAUCGGUUUACCAAUUACCGAAAGGUGUGAGUUGGACUGUGCAAUUGUUAGCUGUAGCUUGCUUUUCACUUGCUGCUAAAAUGGAGGAAGUGAAAGUGCCUCAUUCUGUAGAUUUGCAGGUUGGAGAACCAAGGUUUGUAUUCCAUGCUAAAACCAUUCAAAGAAUGGAACUAAUGGUACUAAGCACAUUAGGAUGGAAAAUGCAGGCAUUAACUCCUUGUUCCUUCAUAGACUAUUUCCUUGCUAAGAUCAGUUGCGAAAAACUUGCCGAAAAGUCAUCGAUUGCAAGAUCAGUACAGCUUAUCCUAAACAUAAUCAAGGGUAUUGACUUCUUGGAAUUCAGGUAUUCUGAAAUCGCUGCAGCGGUAGCAAUUUCUGUUUUAAAGGAGAUUCCAGUACAAGAAGUUGAUAAGGCCAUAACUGAUUUUGUCAUUGUAGAAAAGGAUAGAGUUCUAAAGUGUGUUGAAUUGAUAAAAGAUCUUUCCUUGAUCAAGGUUGGUGGUACCAAGUAUACAACAUUUGUGCCUCAAAGUCCUAUUGGGGUGCUUGAUACAGGAGGGUGCAUGAGUUUUAAGAGCGAUGAAUUAACAAAUGGGUCAUGUCCAAAUUCUUUACAUAAUAGUCCAAAUACUAAAAGGAGAAAAAUUGAUGGACCUUCAAAUGGAUCUUCACAAUCAUGAAAUGUGAAUUUUCUUAACAUUCACCAAAAGUUUGGUGUGUGGAAUUGGAAACAUUCUAAAUGAAAGAGUUGUGUUUGGAUGGAUUGAUGAUAGUCAGAUUCUUAUUACAGAAACUGCUGCAAAAAUACUGCAGAGAUGCGGUUGGUAGAGAAAAUUUUGAUGAAACAAUGUUGUUGAGAGGCAUAGCAUAUGUCAACAAGUGACAAGUAUAAGGAUGUAAUAUUUGAGAGGUUAUAAUUAUGUUGUCACAUGUGAAUUUCCUAACUUUUCAUUUUCAUAAGAGAAUCAACAUAUAAAGCAAUUUGUUUAUGGGUUUGUCAUGAAAUCAUCAUCAACAUAUCAUCAUAAUCAUCAUCAUCAUAGUAAUCAUCAUCCUUAUUAAUAAUAAAACACUAUGUAGUUCGUAAGGUAUUUUUUUUUUUUUUUUGACAAUUGUAGUUUGUAAGGUCUAGUUCAACAGAUAUAGAUCGAGUGCAGUUGAUUGA